AUGGUAAAACCACUUUGUAUCCCUGCUGUCAACGAUCCUCUGGAUCUUUUGAAAGCGAAGCUCAAACUCAUGACCACGCUUUGUGUAUCGACCGACCGAUCUGAUGAGUUGCUUCCAUCGCUAUCAGACCUGUUGAAAAAAGAUGCCGUUACAGUUGAAGCCGCUAUUUCGGUGGUAAAAGUCCUUUGCAAGGAGGAUAUUUUGGAUGUGGAUACUGUCCGAAAACAACUGGGGAAUAAAGUUAGGCAACCCGGUUUCGAAGGACCACUUGCUGGAUAUUGUGAGAUUCUAGCAACUGCUGCUUCUUUGAAAGAGCAAGAUGAAGGGGAUCUAGUAGCUGACUGUGUGAAGGAAUUGUGGGAGAUUACUGAGAUCCGUCGCGAUGGCUCUGAGAUAGUCACGGCACGAAAAUCUGCUUGGACAGCUCUAGCUUGCUUUGAUGCCUUAUCGCUCAUCAGUGUCAUAUGUAAAACCCCACAAGACUGGAUGACUAUGUUUGCCGGACUUGAAGCAGAAGAAAGGAAAGGUUUGAUUCUUCUCCUCCAAAAGCUUGUCGCUGGUGAUCUGGAGUCUCUGUCGAGAACGCUCUACACUAAGGAAUACAUCCAUAAAUCCGCGUUAGCCACCUUCAUCACUAACCUCCAUAAUGCACUGAAGAGGACUCACCAAGAGGUCCGCGCUUGUUUUUGCAUUAUGCUAUGUGGAAUGGCAAAUCUAAUUUUAGGCGCCUUGGUUCUGGUCUGCAACUCUACCGCUUUUUUCCGUGAUCGCGAAUGA